GUUAACCGUAAGAAUGCUUUGACAUUUUUAUCAUUUAUUAUAUUUUGCCAGUUCAGUGGGCGUCGCUCGCAAACAUGUCGUUGCGGAGACUAGACCAAGACUACGCUUUGGAGGAGAGAGGACGGUUUUUUAUACCAUCCGAAACUGAAGGCGACUGGGACGUGGACGAGCAUGUCGAUCACCGUCAACUUGUUUUGCUCAAAGCUGAAGCUUUAGCGUCGGAAAACCGUCUCAAAGAGGCUGUCGAUAUGUUCGCCAUGGCUCUCAGAUACGGUCCUGUCAGGCCGGAGCAGCUGAGCAGUUUGGUCGGAUGCGUCCUGCGCAACUUCAAGAAGAAAUCAGAGGAGUCGCCAGCGAGAAGUGAGCCGAACUGGACACAGGACUGUGAAUUAGACUGCCCUGGUUGCCACUGUUUCAUAGCCGAGCCCGUGACGGUGACCUGUGGACACACGUAUUGUAGGAGAUGUUUACAGCAUAGCACUUUUUCUCAAUGCAAAGUGUGCAACGAGGACAUUAGGAGGAGGCCAGGUGAACCCCGGCUGAAUGUGAUAUUGUGUGGACUUUUAGACAAGUGGUUUCCAGAAGACGUCAAAAGAACUAAAUAUUUAGGGGAAGCUGAAAGCCUGUUGAAGAGUAAACAGUACGACAAGGCGAUUGCACUAACGAGUCGGUUAUUAGACUAUGGCUCCAGUAAUAUGUGGGUGCAGAUCUGCCAUGCUGAGGCUCACAGAGGACUGAAGCAUCACCGUCAGGCUUUGGAAAUCUGGGAGUCAUGCCUGACAGUUUCCCCAUUCCCAGAGGGUUAUUUCCAGAAAGCAAAAAUUCUCCAAGAAAUGGGUCAUGUAGAUGAAUCCCUGCAAGUCUUCCUUCAGUGUUUGGCAUUGGACGAAAACUUCCACCAGGCCAAACGAGAGGUGGAACUGAUCUUGCAUGACCUGUUGGCUCCAGCCAGUGAUAAUGUCAAGGUUGGUUUGAGAGAGACGACCCACAACACUUGCUCUCACUUGCGCAGUAAAACCCUGGUGUCCGAAAACCAGGAACAAAACCAGCAAAUCCAGAUGCAAAACCAGCACCAGUCUGACAUGUGGACAACAUCUGCACAGCUGCUCCCUAAAACAGCAGAGAAAGCAGGUCGGUCUGAAAGUCUGGAGCGCUCUGGCCUCAGCAGAGCUCACUCUCUGCGCAUUCAUGGGAUUGGAGGAGUUGUGGAGGAGGGGCUUAAGAGAGUUAGCUCCGCCCCUCAGCUGGGUGACCCAGAUAAAGGCGCACUGUUGAAGAGAAAGCUCUCCGUGUCUGAAGCAGGGCCCGGCAUUGCACACAGCCACAGCACUAAAUGUAAAAAACAGCUAGUGACCGCUAGUGCUGCUACUCCUGUGGUCAUGGAGGAAGCCAAGUCCCAUCAAACUCUGCCAAAAAACCUGCUGGACCCGAACGAUUUUGAAUGCUCUCUCUGCAUGAGAUUAUUUUAUCAGCCCGUCACGACACCUUGUGGUCACACAUUCUGCACAAACUGUCUGGAGCGCUGUCUAGACCAUAAUCCCCAGUGCCCUCUGUGUAAAGAAAGCCUGAAAGAGUAUCUUGCCUUUAGAAAGUACACAGUCACACAAGUGCUGGACAACAUCAUUAAGCAGCAUCUUCCCAAAGAGCAUUCAGAAAGAGUGAAACUGCAUGCAGAAGAAACUAAAGAGCUCUCAGAUUUAACGAAGAAUGUGCCCAUCUUUGUUUGCACCAUGGCCUACCCGACUGUGCCUUGUCCGCUCCAUGUGUUUGAGCCACGAUAUCGUCUCAUGAUCCGCCGCUGCAUGGAAACAGGGACGCGUCAGUUCGGCAUGUGCAUCAGUGACCCCCAGAAAGGGUUUGUGGAUCACGGCUGCAUGCUUCAGAUCCGCAGUGUGCAUUUCCUCCCAGACGGACGCUCCGUUGUGGACACAAUCGGAGGAAAGCGGUUUCACGUCCUCUCGCGUGGAAUGAGAGACGGAUACUGUAUCGCCAACAUUGAGUAUCUGCAGGAUACAAAGGUAAACGAUGAGGAAGAUUUGAAGAAGCUGCAAGUGUUGCACGAUCAGGUGUACGAUCAGGCCCGUAAAUGGUUCCAGAACCUGGAAAACCGUUUCCGCAACCAGAUCCUGCAGCACUUUGGGCCGAUGCCUGAGAGAGAAGCAGACAUCCAGGCCACUCCUAACGGUCCAGCGUGCUGUUGGUGGCUGCUGGCUGUUCUUCCUGUCGAUCCACGAUACCAGCUCUCUGUCCUCUCCAUGACCACACUAAAAGAGCGACUAGUGAAGAUCCAGCACAUCCUCACGUACCUGCAGAACCUGCCCAGCAAAUAGAGCUUCCACACAGACGACACACCAGCUCAUGCUAGCCAAGACGAGACAAAAGAACUAGCAGAAACUCCACCCGAAAGACCAGCACACAUGUAACUCAUGCGGAGAAACGGAAGCAAGAAAGGAAAGUGUGUGUCAUUUGGUUCUUCAUGCAGACCUCAUUUUUGAACACUCAGUCCUGUAGUAUUUAUUGUCCGUUCUCAUUUGAUUUGAUUUGAUUUUUAAAUGACCUACGUUUCUGUCUGAUGCCCGUAGCCUCCAUACAGUGCUUUGAGGGCACAAAUGUUGUCGGAGAGCAUUCCUCAUUUUUAUUUGUGUGUUUGUGUGUGUGUGUGUGUGAAAAGAUAGAGAACAAGAUAAUUUAAAGGUGGAUUUUUAGACACCAAUUCUGAAGACAAGACCAUUUCGAUGUGUUUUCUUCUAACAGCUAUCCAGCAUUCGGCUGAGCUUCUGUCUUGACCAGUCAAUCACGCACAAGAGGUCGUUUUUUAAGACGCACUUGCAUUCGUUUGUGACACUUUUGCAGUAAUGGACACUAGUGAAACAUGCAAGGCCUUUGCCAUGGUGUUUAUUUGUGCCGGGGAAAUGAAAUACUUCCAGAACUCUCAGUAGUUAAACACAUAUCAUUGAUAUUUGCGGUGGGUAAACAACCCGUCACCAUGUUGCAAGUGUCUCUUUUUAGUUACACGCUGCACUCUGAUGCAUGCAUAGGUCAUUUCGAGACAUUGAUGUCAUUUUUAUAACAGUAGAAACAACAUUGCUAAGGGAAACUUGCAAUAUUUUGACUGACGUAGACUAUCAGUGACUGCGACCGGCACCACACUGCGAGGAGACGCAGGAAGCAUUCUGCAGUUUUGAUGGUGAUGGAUGCUAAUGCUAACUCAUACCCGUGUGGUGCUUGCUGUGUGCAGACCUACUAACUUUUGCCUUAUAACGGCUUGUUGCAUUCUGCUCUUAUGGUAUAAUGCAUCGGCUUGUUUUUGUUUAGUUUUUCAUUCCUGUUGCCGGAGGAAUAAUUCUGUGGUUUAAUUUGUCAUUCGCCUCUUGGCCAAAAUCUUUUCAAGUGUGUAAAAAAAAAUGUUAAAUAAUGGCUUUGUUGUAUGUAAAUCGUUUUGUUUCGAAAGUAAUUUUUUACGGCUCUGCUUAAAUAUUUAAGUUGUCAACUUUCAAAUAAAAUGCACAUCUUUUUUCAUUAAAUCUGUGUUUAAUUUAUUAUUAUUAUUAUUAUACCAUAAUUUUAUAAACUGUUUCCAAUUUAGGUUUCUUUUUGUUAUUAUUUUUAGACCUUUUCAAAUAAAUAAAGGCACAUUAUUCCCAUUGUA